CUGGCAGGGCAAGAAGUUAUUAAUUUUCGCCGUUUUGCAUUUUCAAGUGAUAAUAAAUUUUUAAAAUUUUUCUCUCUCGUUCCUUUUUUGGCGUGACAUAAAACUGCAUCAUCAUCAUCAUCAUCUGCUUGAGGGCAAAUAAGCUCUUGAUGUGUGUAAUAUUUGUAUACACACUCACACACACAGACAUUUGCAAACACGAAACUCAUAAAUAAUAAAAGAGCACAUUGGAGGCACAAAGAAAAUAAAAUAAUAUAAAAAGUUUCUGAAAGUUUUUUUUUCUUGUGAGUUUUUUAUUCUACGCAAGAAGAUGUCAUAAAUUUUUGACACCGUUUAGUGGGAAGAGCUUUUACUCGUAUAUUUUUAUUGUCCUAAUAUAAUGCUGAAACAAACUCAAUUUUCAUAAAUAAACAUACAUGUUUCGAUUCAUGGACAAAAUUGGACACAAGCUUUUUUUUAAAACAAAUAUUAUGCUUGGAAAUUCUGUAACAUACACAUUUUCAUGUCAGAGCAUAAAAAUUUGAUGGAAUUUUAAUUAAUGCAAAGUGCCUCGCAAAAAUUCAAUACCUAAAAUUGGAUUAAAAAAAUUCUAAUGAUUGAAUCAAAUAUGAAUAAACAUUUGAAAAAGUGAAAAAUGUGAAUAUUUGUGAGUUAGAAAAUAGAAAAUAUAAAAAAAUUUUAAUGGUAAUGACAUCAAUUGGUGGCCAUUUGGCUCACCAAAUGCAAUCAGAAAAUUGUAAUAGUGAUCUAGUACAACAUUCAUUUAUAAUGAACCAUCACCACCAUUCGGAAGACAUUCAUCCUAUAUUAACUACAAAUAUUAAGAAACAAAAUUUUUCGAAUUGCGUUGGGUGUGGAAGACAAAUUCAUGAUCAAUAUAUUCUUCAGGUUGCACCAGAUCUCGAAUGGCAUGCAGCAUGCCUAAAAUGUCAAGAAUGUCGUCAAUUCUUGGAUGAAAGCUGUACAUGCUUUGUUCGUGAUGGCAAAACUUAUUGCAAACGAGAUUAUGUUAGAUUAUUUGGUACUAAAUGUGAUAAAUGCGGAUGCUCAUUCAGUAAAAAUGAUUUUGUGAUGCGAGCAAAAUCGAAAAUUUAUCAUCUCGAAUGCUUUCGAUGUACAGCAUGUUCUCGUCAUUUAAUACCAGGUGAUGAAUUUGCAUUAAGAGAUGGUAAUUCACUAUUUUGCAAAAUGGAUAACGAUGCACUCGAUAAAUUAGCACAAUCGGAAUUGGACUCAUCGGGAAUUGAAUUCCGGGACGGAAAUAAUCAAAUAACAACAAACAGUACGGGUAGCAACAAUAAUUCGAGUGAAUUUGGUUCCAUGUCAGAGUCUGAAAGUGAAACGGGAUCGACAAAAAAUGUACGUGUUCGAGGGAAAUCAUCAGGUUCGAGUGAUGGCAAGACACGAGUUAGAACGGUACUCAAUGAGAAACAAUUGCACACACUGACAACAUGGUUUCAAAUGAAUCCAAAACCAGAUGCAUUGAUGAAAGAGCAACUUGUUGAGAUGACUGGUCUUUCACCGCGUGUUAUUCGUGUGUGGUUUCAAAACAAGAGAUGUAAACAUAAUAAGAAAGCAAAUCAGCUCAAAAUUCAAAUGGAACAAGAGAAGGAAAUGAAACAAAUUGGUUAUGGCCGGAUGCAUGGAAUUCCACUGAUUGCAGCAAGUCCAGUAAGAAAUGAAGAAUCGCCGGUCAAUUUGCAAAGCUUUGAUGUAACUUCAUUUCAACCACAAUGGAAAAUGAUUUCAGAUUUAGCCAUGAACGCUGAUUUGAAAAAUAAUGGAAUGAUGCAUUCCCCUGCAUAUCAAGAUAUUGUAAAUCAGAUUUCCUGUCAUUUCCGAGAUGUAAGUGUAUAAGCUUCAAUUUGCUGUAUAAAACAAAACAUUAAACAAAAUAAAAAAGUAAUUGAUGGCGGUUAUAUGCAAUAAGAAUGAUGUGUCAAGAACAGAUGAAACUUCUUCGCUUUCAAUGCGCAACUUUGCAUCUAGAUGUGAAUAAAAUGUGUUAAAAACCUUUAAAGACAUGUGUAAUUACAAUUGUGAGAACAAUACUAAAUCUGAAUGAGAAUAAAAAAUGUGUUUUCAAAGAA